AUGAAAGCACCUCUGUCAUUUGCUUCUCUUAUUACAUUAUUAUUCGUCUACAAAAGUUAUGCACUGAAUCCUCCAGUCAAGGUGGAACUGCGGUCGUCGUGGCCGGCGCCUCCGGUUCUCCUUGAAUGCAUAGAAGCUAUUGCUACGGAAAAUGAUGAAGCAUUCUUUCCCUUGCUUGAUACGCUUACGAACCCCGAAGUGCCCAUCCCCUCACCACAUACUCCAGAAGUAGUGCACCGUUCUGCCUUUGAAGCCGCUAUAUCUGAGGGUUUCCUGUCUCGACCAGGGGAGUAUGCCUCUGUGCAGAUGGACCUGGCCCUGCAUACUGCUACGCCCAAAAUCGAAGCUGUCUACCAGUACUACACCGAUCGUCAUGCCGCGCGGACGGCCAGUGUGCACAAUGAUGAUUGCGGGUCGUGGGUCGAUUGGUAUGGACAGGUUGCUUGUGAUGUACAGACGUUGGUGCAUCUUGCAGGGGUCGAGACAAUUGAUCCUGCAGUACCAAGCACUGUUAACGCAUCUUUCCCUCGCCCUAAACUCCUCCCCUUCGAUCACGUCCAGCCAUCUCCGGCCCGCGUGCUCGCACGGCCUCCACGUACUGCAAUAUUCUACGCCUCGCUCUCCUCCAGCAAUUUCCGCGAACUCCAUUCAUACCUUUAUGCAACCUCGAGUGCUCCGAACCCCCACAUAGAAUAUGUGUUCCGGGCUAUUCCUCCAGAGAACCGUGAUCUCUCCCUUCGAACAUACCUGUCUGGUUAUGGUGUAGCUCUUGACUUGAAGAAGAUGGACUAUCUGGCAUUAGAUGACCGGAGACAAGGCUCAAGUGGGCAGACGGCGGAAUCUGACGGUGCUGUUGAGUCGAUCUCAGAUGUAGAUUCCGUCAUGGUGCUGGUGCAACAAUACCCGGCGAACACAGACGUAAAUGCGAGCACACCUCUGACAGACGAUGAGCUGCUAAACAUUGGGUUGCAAGCUACCCAACUCAUAUACGAUGCAGAUGAACCUCUACCCGCGCUCAAGCAGCUCUCGCAGAAUUUCCCCAAGUAUGCAGCCCCUCUUGCGCGGCGUAUCACAGUGGACCCGGCCUUGCUGGAUGAAGUAGAAGAGAACCAGGUCAAGGUACCGGGAGGGGCUAACAUUGCUUGGUUGAACGGAGUCAAUAUCGGGGAAAAGGAUAUGAAUCCCUUUGCCUUGCUACGGUUGCUGCGCAAGGAGCGUGGCACAAUGCUCUCCUUGACCUCGUUGGGCCUAUCACCAGAGCAGGCGAUCAGAUUACUCACACACCCCUCAAUCAGUGCAGCGCAGAGCGAACCGGAUGCCGUCAGUGAGCUGUUCGACGCGAGUGAUCGUCCCGAGGAAGGGGGUGUCAUUGUAUGGUGGAAUGACUUGGAGAAGGACAGUCGUUACGCCAGAUGGAGUAGAUCAUUGAGAAUACUCCUGCGACCAAUGUACCCGGGUCAAUUCCCGAACGUCAAGGCUAACCUCUUCAACGUGGUGCUCGCUGUCGACCUCUCACAGUCCAGCAGUCUUCACUUCAUCUCCACUUCAGUCUCGAAUAUCAUCAGUCGCAGCUUCCCAGCCCGUUUCGGUAUUGUUCCCAUAGUCGAGACAGAAGAAGGUGCUCGGAUGGCGAGAUUAUUCUAUUACUUGAUUGAAAACUUCGGACGGGCAAAGACAAUGAGCUUCUUGAAGAGUCUAUCCCAAAUAGACAUACCCAUCCAGCGUUUGACUCCCACAGUGAACUGGGGUUUGGUACGUUCAGAGUUCGGUAACCUCCUCACAGAGAGCAAACAGCCAGGCGAGGGGGUAAUAACUAAUCUGGAUACUAUCCUCCAUGGUGGCACAGAGAGCCCGGGCUUUGGUCUGGACAAAGCCCGUGCCUACGCGGCCAGAUUGGGAGUAACGUUGACUUCUGCGUCACAAGGACACGCAUUCGUGAAUGGGAAGCACUUGGUUUUGAACGAUGAUUUUCUGCGUCAAUUGCAACUGGAGCUAGGUCAGCAAUUGCAGUACCUUCAAGAGCAGAUUGCCACCGGCCAUUUAAGGGAUAACGACAUCGAGACCAUCUCGACAUAUUUCUAUGAUCUUCCCACUACUGCGAAGAGAAGGAAUACCUAUAUUCACACCGGGAAAAGCGGGAUGAACAUGAUUAAUCUACCGGACUUACUUUCAAGAGUGAAGUAUCCAAGUGGCUCGUUUGUGUACCCAUCGGACUUGGAGCAGAUUCCUUUGUCAGCGUAUAUUGUAGCAGAUUUUGAUACAGAUGGUGGUCGUACCCUGAUGAAGGAGGCGUUAAUAUCCACGAAGGUGGGGUCUGCAUCUCGCGUGUCAUUCAUCCAUAAUCCCGCCACUCCAUGGAGCGCAUCAACUCGUCGCCCACCCACGUCGUCACUCCUGGCUCACCUGAUCACCAAGGACACUCUUCAUCGAGUUUCUCCUUCCCGUCUCUUGAAGGUCUUGGGUCUCAGCGAACCUUCAGUGCCUAUCCACAGCCCGCAAGUUGUCAUAUCGCCAGAAGGCAGCCUCGACGACAUCCUAGGUGGAACUCUUCUUGAAGACGCUGGACAGGAAACCUACGAGGAUUUCGUCCAAGCGAGUCGUCUCCUUGUUAGGGAGCUGGGCCUUGCUGCAGGAGAACAAGCUGUCAUCGUCAACGGACGAGUUGUUGGCCCCUUGUUGCCUGGCGGAUUUGUUGCGGAAGACUUCGAGACUCUGAUGACAUAUGAACUGCGCAAACGUGUUGAGCCAGUCGUAGAAGCGCUUGAAAAUAUCUUUGGGUCCUUGGAGAGUUUUGAUCGGGGAUCAUAUGCGGAGAUGGUCGCUCUGACUUCCUCUGUUGUCUCUGCCAUUCAGGUACCGGAUCCGAGCGAAGUCGGUUUGUUCAAUGCACCAUACAAGCCCCGAAAACUGAGUUAUCAACUUUUGAGCGGCAAAUAUACGUCCUUCAUGUUCGGAGAGAAUUCUACCGCGUUAUUCCACUUCGGCAUUGUGGUAGAUCCUCUGAGCGAGUCUGCGCAGAAAUGGUCAAGCCUGAUAGAAUGGCUGUUGAAUAUCCCUGAAGUCUUUGUCGAGUUGCACAUUAACCCGGCUAGGUAUCGUGAGCUUCCUCUCAGACGAUUCUAUCGGUACAACCUGCAACCUCGGCUACUCUACGACGACAACGGGGAAGAAAUCCGUGCCGAGACGGAGUUCAGUGGUUUAGCUGUUGAACCUAUCUACACUCUCGCGAUGGACGUGCCGCAAUCGUGGCUCGUUCGGCCACGCGAAGCUCUCCAUGAUCUGGAUAAUAUUCAGCUGAGUACCCUAUCCGCGAGAGACCGUGCACACGGCGUGCAUGCCAUCUUCGAACUCGACUACCUCGUCAUUGAAGGCCAUGCCCGCGAUGUAUUGACCAGCGCACCUCCGCGUGGAGUGCAGCUUCAGCUUGCCACGAGUCAAGGGGUCCCGAUCGCUGAUACCCUGGUCGUCGCGAAUCUGGGGUAUCUGCAGUUCCGCACUAAACCUGGUGUGUUCAAGCUUGAGAUACGCCCCGGGCGUGGACGCGAGAUCUUCAAGAUGGAGAGCGUGGGAAACGAAGGUUGGGACAGCCCCCAUGUAGAUGUGGACGGAGACGAGAUCACGUUGACCAACUUUGAGGGACUUACGCUUUACCCAAGGCUUGCCAGAUUACCAGGUAUGGAUCGCGCAGACGUCCUUGCAGAAGCUCCACCCAAAGCGCCGACUGCCAAAGAAGUUCUCGAAGACAUUGUAUCUUGGGUGUCUUCUCUAUUCUCCUCCUCAAAGGGGUCCGAAAAUAACACAUUGUCCUCGCCAAGUGACCAGGCUGAUAUUAACAUAUUCACUGUUGCCUCGGGCCUAUUGUAUGAACGUUUUGUCUCCAUUAUGGUACUCAGUGUUCUCCGCAACACAAACAGCACUGUCAAAUUCUGGUUCAUCGAGAAUUUCCUCUCGCCUUCCUUCCUGGAAUUUAUUCCCCAUCUGGCUGAAGCGUACGGCUUCAAGUACGAAUUGGUGACUUACAAAUGGCCUUCCUGGCUGCGCGCCCAGAAGGAAAAGCAGCGCAUCAUUUGGGCAUACAAGAUUUUAUUCCUGGACGUCCUCUUCCCCAUGGAUCUCAAGAAGGUCAUCUUCGUCGACGCAGACCAAAUUGUGCGCGCUGACCUCAAGGAACUCGUUGACCUUGAUUUGCAUGGCGCGCCGUAUGGCUACACUCCCAUGGGUGAUGACAACGAGGAGAUGGAAGGCUUCCGGUUUUGGAAGACAGGAUACUGGAAGGAGUUCUUGCGUGGUCUGCCGUAUCAUAUCAGUGCACUAUAUGUCGUGGACCUGGUCCGGUUCAGACAGAUUGCUGCAGGAGAUAUACUGCGAGGUCACUACCAACAAUUGUCUGCGGAUCCAAAUUCCCUUGCAAAUCUUGACCAAGAUCUACCCAAUAAUCUUCAGCGGGAGGUGCCCAUCUUUUCACUACCCGAAGACUGGUUAUGGUGCGAAACCUGGUGCAGCAAGGACAGACUUAACCGUGCCAAGACCAUCGACCUGUGCCAGAACCCACUUACGAAAGAACCUAAAUUGGCAAGAGCGCGGCACAUUCCCGAGUGGGAGGAAUACGAUAGUGAGAUCGCUCGGUUCGCGCGGAGGUUGGCGGAGGAGGGUUGCAUUCGCUCGGAGAUCGUUGCAGCGGACUCAAACGUCCUGGCCGAUGCAGGUGCUGAGCACCGCACCCAUGGUACUGCAGUGGAUAAGCAGAGUGAGGGCGUGGAGGGUAAGGCGGAGUAUGUCAGAGACGAACUGUGA